UAAGUCACAAUUUUCAUACAUUCAUUCACACAAGUCUAGUGUUCGAUUUUAAAUAUCACUAUGGAGACACAGUUUGAUGAUGACACUUUCUAUGCUGAGAUUAGGAGGCAGAUUCUGCAAUUGACAUCAGAAGAGGAUGAAGAUUUGUUAGUUCAAAAACGUUUCAACCAAUCUAGUGUUGGUCAUGGUGGUUCAAGAAGGUUAGUUUGGGAUAGCACAACACUUGCAAACCACUUUUGCUCAUGGGAAACACAUAGCUCAGGUUCACCUGAUUGGCUUGUGAACUUGUGGAAGAGUGGAAGAGGUACUGGGGUGUUCAUUCCCCAAGUUGUGACUGGUAAAAAACACCAGAGAACAGGAACAGUAAAUAGCAGAAAACAAAUAUAUAAACCAGUGAGGAAUAAGUACUGCAGAAACCACCCUUGCUAAGUUCAUCAUAAUUCAGCUUAUUUGAAUAAUUUAGAGCAAGGUCUAAUCCCAAAAGCAAAGAUGGGAAGCAGGUGAAAAAUACUCAUUUUAUACCAAAAAUAUGUAAAUUUUUUAAACAUCUAUGUACAGAAUUUACAAUGAAGUCUACCUACAGUAUAUAUAGAAGUUUAUGAAAUUGUUUAAUGCAUCUUUCUACAUCAUUU